GUAGUGCUAGGGCAAGUUAGACUUGCCGGAGCCCCUGGAGCUACCGAGGCGGUAGCAGUAGGAAGCGGAGGCUUGCGGUCGGUAUAAGGAAACAGUGGCGUCCGGAACCAUGACACCAUACUCCACAAGGCAGAAGGCAAGAGAGUCAUACUCAUGGGUUGGCAGGCCAUUAUUGGAUCGACAGUUUUACCACCAAACCUACAAAGAAAUGUGUAUGAAAAUAAGAAAUUGUCCUUCUGAGGUUCAUGUCCAGGUUGGACAGUUUGUGUUGAUUGAAGGAGAUGAUGAAGAGACACCUUAUGUUGCUAAGUUGCUUGAGUUGUUCCAAGAUGAUUCUAAACGUCAUUUCCAAAAACGUGCUCAAGUACAGUGGUUUGUCCGCUUCUCUGAAGUCCCUCUCUCAAAACAGCAUUUGUUGGGCCGGAAGCCUCAUAAACAGGAGGUAUUCUGGUAUGACUAUCCUGCUUGCAAUAACAACAUUAGUGCUGAGACCAUCAUUGGCCCUGUUGAGGUAGUGGCUUUAGCCGCAGAUGAAAUGUUCCCUGUGGAUUUGAAACACGAGAAUACACUCUAUGUAAAACUAUCUUGGAAUGAAAAGAAUUUCAAACCACUGUCUCCAGAACUACUUGCAGAGUUAAAGAAACUACAAAGAGCUAAUUCUACAUGGCAGAACCCCUUGGAAGCUAAGACUAUGACACUAGAAAGUCCUUCUUUAACCACUGCAGAACAUGUGGUCAAAAGGAUUGAGUCAAGUCAUUCUUCUUCCAAAUUUCGCCUAACUGCCAAUCAUCCUGUGACUCCCAGUGCAAGGAAAAGGCUGGAGCUUAAUAAUUUUCCCAGGACACCUAGCACUAAGAUAUCCCAGCAGACUUUGUGUGUUUCCUUGGAGUCUCCAGGAAGGACUAAACGAAAAGUUCUCCUUGAGUCUACCUCACCUUGUAAGAGGUCUAAGCAGGAUGGAGUCAAGGCUUCAUCUCCCUUGCUGAAAGUCCCAGGGAAAAAGGGAGACGUUCCAUACUUUUGUGCUGAGGAUGACAAGAUAUCUUCAUCUGAAUGCCAAAUGACCCUCAGAACCCGAGUGCCCACUCUGAAAACCAUGGAGUCUAAGGAGACCUUACUUAGCCCUAUCAGAGGAGAUAAGAGAUCUUCAGUGGUGCCUUCUAUGAUUCUGCGACCAGAAAAGAUCAAACAGAGGGAGCCCAAAGAGCCAGAAGCUGACAGUGACGCUACCACCACUUCUCAUCGUAUCUGCAGGAAGAGUUCUCUCUUGACCAUGAGGCGGAUUAGGCAGCACCUUCGGCUUCUGGAAGGUAACCAAGGUGACCAAGAGGAGGAAGAGUUUGUGCCAAUUGCAGAGGUUUCAGGCUCCAGCAGUGAGGAGGAAGAUGUUUCAGACUUCAAUGAGGAGGACGAUGAUGUUUCGACCCUACCCCUUCCAAGGCGGACUCCCCAACACCAGUCCAUAAUCCCACAGCCCUCCUUAAAGCCAUCCAUGCAGACGCCCUCCAAGACACCAAGUAAAACUCUGAAGCCUAGAACACCACGUCAUGCCACUCCCCAGAUCCGCAGUCGAAACCUGGCUGUCCAAGAGCCAUCCAGUGUGCUGGAGGAGGCCCGACUAAGGCUUCAUGUUUCUACUGUGCCUGAGUCUCUUCCCUGCAGGGAGCAGGAAUUCCAAGACAUUUAUAACUUCGUGGAGAGCAAACUCCUUGACCAUACUGGAGGGUGUAUGUACAUCUCUGGGGUUCCGGGAACAGGGAAGACUGCCACUGUACACGAAGUGAUACGCUGCCUGCAGCAGGCAGCUCAAACAGAUGAUGUUCCUCCCUUUCAAUACAUUGAGGUCAAUGGCAUGAAGCUGACAGAGCCCCACCAAGUCUAUGUGCAAAUCUUGGAGAAACUGACAGGCCAGAAGGUAACAGCUAACCAUGCUGCAGAACUUCUGGCGAAGCGAUUCUGUACCCGAGGAUCCUCUCGGGAAACCACUGUCUUGCUUGUAGAUGAGCUUGACCUCCUGUGGACUCACAAACAAGAUGUAAUGUACAAUCUCUUUGACUGGCCCACUCACAAGGAAGCCCGGCUGGUGGUCCUGGCCAUUGCUAACACCAUGGAUCUGCCAGAAAGGAUCCUGAUGAAGCGAGUGUCCAGCCGAUUGGGCCUUACCAGGAUGUCCUUCCAGCCUUAUACCCACAACCAGCUGAAGCAAAUCCUAGUGUCCCGACUCAAGCAUGUAAAGGCCUUUGAGGAUGAUGCCAUCCAGCUGGUAGCCAGGAAGGUGGCAGCACUGUCUGGAGAUGCGCGGCGCUGCCUAGACAUCUGCAGGCGUGCUACGGAGAUCUGUGCACUCUCCCAACAGAACAAUGACUCUCCAGGCCUGGUUACUGUGGCCCACUUAAUGAAGGCUGUGGAUGAGAUGUUUUCAUCAUCAUUCAUCACCGCAAUCAAAAAUGCCUCUGUCUUGGAACAGGGCUUCCUGCGAGCCAUCCUUGCAGAGUUCCGGCAAUCAGGACUGGAGGAAGCAACAUUUCAGCAGAUAUACACCCAGCAUGUGGCCUUGUGCAGAAUGGAGGGGUUACCGUACCCCACCAUGUCAGAGACUAUGGCCGUAUGUUCACGCCUGGGCUCCUGCCGCCUUCUCCUGGUAGAGUCCAGCAGGAAUGACCUCCUCCUUCGUGUGCGGCUCAACGUCAGUCAGGAUGAUGUGCUGUAUGCACUGAAAGAAGAAUAAAGG